AUGCUAGCGUUAAGAGCAAAUCUACACCGAAGUUAUCUAAGUCCAGCCAGAUAUUUAACUCCUGUCAGGAGUAUUUCUCGUGGUGUCUGGAACGUCAAAAGCACCCCAGUUUUACAGAAAAUUCGAUGGAAAUGCAGUGGUACAAAUGAUACGAAAUCUGCAUGUUCAAAGACUAGUACUACCACUAGUACUAGUUCUACUGCUACUGCUACUGCUACUACUGCAGGAAAUACGACAACUUCGUCAAGUAGUGCAGGAUUUUGGUCAUCAAGACAGACCUGGAAUCGGGCGAUGGUUAAUACUUUUCGAUGUCUGGUCGGAUGUACUGCUGGAGACUUUUCGGCAAUGUGGUAUCUACAGGCUUUCCAUCCUGAGAUUGGAAUUGGAAGUAUCAUGGCCGUGUCGAUGGCCAGCGGACUCUCAACCUCACUACUCCUAGAAACCGUAUUACUAAAAUACGGUCGGGAUAAGCUACCUUGGCCCGCAGCAGCAAAGACCGCAGCGGGGAUGAGUAUGAUCAGCAUGUUGACCAUGGAGAUGGUACAGAAUAUGGUGGAUUAUCAUCUUACGGGUGGGAGUGUUCAGUUCGAAUCACCGAUGUUUUGGGUGGCGGCUGUGGUUUCGAUGUCUGCAGGGUUUUUGGCACCGUUACCGUAUAAUUAUCACCGGUUGAGGAAGUAUGGGAAGGGGUGUCAUUGA